GCAGUCUAGAAGCUUUUACCAUGGGGAAUUUAAAGCAGUUAGAAGCCAAGACUACUGAACUGAAAAACACCAGUUACAUAUUAAAUACUCGAAUGAAUGACUUGACCACAAGUUGGGAACAGAUGCAGUCAGAUCACAAGAUUUUUUCAAACAAAGAGCUUGGAGUUUUUGUUGACCCAAAGCAGGUAGACAAAUACGCUGCUACUCCUUCCUAUGAAAUACACAGUGCCUCUCCUGGUGCCACACGAUUUCAGCGAGGCAGCGAGCGGUGUGUAUUAGAUCUGAUGGAAUACAUAUCAAGUGACCAAGAGCACUCGUAUGAACUGGACAGACAAACUCCCCAAGUUGAAAUAUGGUCGCAUUUCAUCAGUCUUCAGAGUGGCAAUGCUGAAUGGGCAAAUCAGCUAUUUUCUGACACCGUCAGUGCUGGUAAUGGUGAAUAUCUUAUGAGCUUUUUAUGGAAUAAUACAAUUCCUAACACUACUUUGAAGAAUGACAGACUAUGUAUAGUUAGUGAAAACUUUCAGGAUGAACCUGAAGAUUUAACAGGUGCUUCAUAUGCAGUGGGAAGAUACCCGUAUCAGCUGCUAGCACCAGAAAAUGUUGGUACUUGGGGAUGGCAAGAUAAAAAUGAACUUGAGUCAACCAAGGUUUCUGAGUUAAAUCCUAAUGCAAAGGUGUGGGGAAAUCAUAUGUUACACUUGGAAGCAAGUGGUGCCACUGAUGGUAGCGUGAGCAAAACGUGGGAAGAAAUACCUGACCAACCUCCAGAUUCUUGUAAAGAAGGACUGGAUGCCAAUGGUGAUGGUGACAAAAAGCAUCAGAAUGCAGUGCUGACAGAGCUGCCGGAGCCAUCACCAGCUGUUUCGGUGUCAGACCAGACAGAUAUGAACCCUUUGGCUCUCGAUCAUUCUGAGUAUGAGUCUAUGCAUGAAAGCACCCAGACAGGUGGAAACGAACAGUUGCAGCCAGAAGGUCAGGAAGAUUUACGAGAAUUACUGAAAAAAACACUGGAAUUCUGCUUAUCUAGAGAAAAUCUUGCCAGUGACAUGUACCUUAUAUCACAGAUGGACAGUGAUCAGUAUGUGCCAAUAAUGACAGUAGCAAACCUUGAUCAUGUCAAGAAACUCAGUACUGAUAUGGAUUUGAUUGUUGAAGUGCUGAGAUCGUUGCCUUUAGUCCAAGUGGAUGAGAAGGGAGAAAAAGUUAGGCCAAAUCAGAAUCGCUGUAUUGUGAUUUUACGUGAAGUACCUGAAUCUACCCCCAUUGAAGAGGUUGAAGCACUUUUCAAAGGAGAUAAUUUGCCUAAGUUUAUCAACUGUGAGUUUGCCUAUAAUGACAAUUGGUUCAUCACGUUUGAAUCAGAAGCUGAUGCACAGCAGGCUUACAGAUACCUUAGAGAAGAAGUGAAAACUUUCCAAGGAAAACCGAUUAAGGCAAGGAUAAAAGCAAAGGCAAUAGCUAUAAACACAUUUUUGCCAAAGAAUGGAUAUAGACCUCUGGAUAUGAACCUCUACACGCAGCAGCGUUACACAACAUCCUUUUACUUACCUCCAGUAUACAGUCCCCAUCAGCAGUUUCCAUUGUACAGCUUAAUUGGCCCACAGACCUGGUCAGCCACACACAGCUACCUUGACCCUUCAUUGGUAACACCAUUUCCAAAUACUGGAUUUAUCAAUGGGUUCACAUCUCCAACCUUCAAGCCUGCUGCUUCUCCAUUGACUACACUCAGACAGUAUCCUCCCAGGAACAGGAAUCCUAGCAAGUCUCAUAUACGACAUACAAUACCCAGUGCAGAAAGGGGACCUGGGCUUCUAGACAGUCCUACAAUAUUCAACUUUUCUGCUGAUCGUUUAAUCAAUGGCGUCAGGAGUCCACAGACGCGGCAGCCAGGACAGAACAGGACACGGAUGCAGAAUGCUACUACGAGUUAUACCAAGAGGGAAGUAGGAACUGGACGGAUGGAACAGACCAGCGUUGACUCGUCUCCUGGAUUAGGCAGAGGAAGGAAAAACUCAUAUGGCUACCGAAAGAAAAGGGAGGACAAGUUUACAAGAGGCCAAACACAGUCUCCACCACCCCCAAAACCUCCAUCUCCUAGCUUUGAAUUGGGUUUAUCUAGCUUUCCUCCGUUACCCGGGGCUGCUGGCAAUUUAAAAACCGAAGACCUUUUUGAAAACAGACUGUCCAAUGUGGUAAUAGGAACGUCAAAAGAAAGAAACGUUAAUGUGGAUGCAAGUACAAACACUAUUCCAUCGGGAAUUCCUCGAGAGCCGUUGUUGCCAGUUUCUUCUACAUUGCCCAGGACGUUUGAAAGGUCUCCUUCGCCAUCCCAGUCUUCUGAGGACUCCAAGGUUGUGGAUAAACAGCAGAGAGAGACACAGAGUACAGAAAGGCUUUCUUCUUCCACACUCAGUACUGCAUGUAAAUCGGUACAAGUCAAUGGGGCUGCCAUAGAACUGCGAAAACCUAGUUAUGCAGAAAUUUGCCAGAGAACAACUAAGGAUCCUCCUACCUUGCAACCCCAGAAAGAACAGAAGCCAAACACUGUAGCGUGUGGGAAAGAAGAAAGAAAGCCCACAGAAACAAUAGAGAAAAACAGAGAACCUCCUCCUGCAAAGUCACAUCCUGGACAACCCAAAGACCAGAGGAGACAGUCAGGACGCAGAUCGUCCCCUCCAGCCGUUGGCAAACGCUUAAAUAAAGAACAGAAUACCCCUCCAAAAUCUCCUCAGUGAAACUAACACCUGGGAGGGAUUUGAAAAGAGGUCUGCUUCCCACAAAUUAAACCCAUGUUCCCACUAAGAUACCUGAGAAUGAGUUGCUGGUUAAGAGCUUGCAGUGAUACUAGGCAUAUAACAAUGCCUGCAAGUUAUUUUUCUGUGAAAUACUUUUUUCCCCUCUUGGACAAACAUUCUAUUUUUCUGGAUAUUUCUGGAUAGUUGUUCUAAACCUUACAUUUAGGUUGGUGCUUAAUUGGAGGUGAAGCUUAGUGUGAUUUUUUUUUUCAAGAUGUAAAAUAUUUGUCUUUAAAAAAAACAAACAACUUUUUAUUAAGCCUCUCUGUGGCUGUGUGAGUGCAAGCUCUGUAUAGUGAGUUUUUUCUAAACUGUUAAGCAGAAAUGUGCUGCUGCAAUAUUUUUAAUAAACUGGUCUGCAAGUACAUAUCUAAAGUGUCCAAAAGACUGAUAACGGCAGCUAGUGUGUAGAGUGCAAGGAAGUAGAUGCAUUUUACGAAUUAGUAUGUGACCUUGAAGAUUUUUUUUAUUGGGCUGCUGUACUAAGUGUCAGCAAAUGAACUUGCACUUUUAGGUUAAAUGAGUAGUUGUUUCUAGUGGUUUUUAAGAAAUUUAAUCUUCUUUUGAUGUUUUGCACACACAAAAUGGAUCCUAGGGAGCACCAUAGCAGUCUUUAUAAAAUGUUUCCUUUUUUGACUUACUGCAAGCAAGUAACCAUCUUCUCACUCCAGAAUAAAACUGAUGUUAUAAUUUGCAAAUACAAAGCACAUUGUGAAUAGAAAGAAUUAAGUCUGUGAGCCUCUAUGGUGGUGAAGCCUGUUAGUGGAUGUUAUCAGGAGAAAGCACUGUAGCCUUCUUGUGAUAACCUUAGCUUCCCUGUGCUUGUAAGGGAGUUAACUGAGUCAGCGCUGUACGUUCUGGUUACCCCUGUGCUCUGUGUUAGACUUUUUUUUUUUUAAACUCUGCCCCAAGUGCUCUUUGAAAGAGUUCAUAUCUUAGUCAGCCUUGUGUUGACGUCUUCCUGUAACUGCAAGCAUUGGCAUACGGAUUUAAAUUUUUUUCAAGACCUGAGAUAAUGGUGUUUGUUUUGUGUGGUGGAGGAAGAGAUCCCUGAUACUUACCUCUGGGAUGAGGUUUCUCACACUUAUUUACUUUAGAAGUGAUGCGCUUUCUGAAGGACAAGGAUGCACUAAAUUAGCAAGUUUCUAAUAAAGUUGAAUAUAAAUUAUUUUUGUUUUAAAAUGCCUAAAGUUUUUCUUUAAGUGUUUAAACUGCAGGAAGUUCAGACAAAACUCACUCCUGCUGACUAUGACAGUACAGUUUAUUCCGCAAAAAUGUUUAUUUAAACAACUGAUUUUUUUAAAGAAUUAUUUCCAUCCAAUAUUUAAAGACUUGAAUUUUAUUUAAACUUGAAAAUGACUUUGCCUUAACUUUUGUACAAGACAGCUUAGAGUUAAUGAGGUCUGACCCCGUGGAGGGUUAGCAUGAGUGGAAUACAGAAUUACUCAGUUACAGUAUGUAUCUAUUGUCACUGGUCUUACUGGGUAAACAUACUGUAGUACAGGAACUAGCAGCAGUUUUUGUAAUAUACCUUAAAGAUCUUAAACAGUUGAUCUUUUUCAGAUUGUUGAAAAACCUGUAAAUGCAAAUAGUCAAUACUGUAUUAAAUAUGUGCACUUGGAAGUGUGUGCUUUGCUUGUACAGUUGUAAAUAAUCAGAACAUAUAAAAAGGUACCCUAAAGAAAAAAUCUGAUAAAAAUUAUUGAUAUUAUAAAUGUUGCUGUUGAGCUGGAUGUAGAUAAACUAAAUGUUGUGGUUUGAAUAUUACUUUAAUUUGUUGUUUUUUCUUUUUCUUAUUUUAUUCUGGUGUGCUGAACUGACUCUGCCUCUUCACUGCAAAAGGGAAAUGGAACGAAAGUCUUAUUUGAAAGCCCUCAACUGUUUUCCUAAGACCCUGUAAAAACAAGUGAUUUAACCAAUUCAAAAGUGUUCUACAAUGUAAAUAGUGAAUUUCAGCAGUCAAACUGUAAUUUUAAGUCAUUAAUAAAAUCAAAUUUAAUUGGAAAAAAACUUUAGACUGCUACAAAAAUAUACACUGAAGCUUACUUGUCUGCUUUCAAGAAUAUCAGUGCUUUCCUUAGUGUAUGAUUCACAGAACUGUAAAGUAACUAUAGAAGUUGACUCCUGAUAAAUGUCCUAUUGCAAGCAUCAAUUGGUAACUAGUUGACCUUUUAAAUCCAGCCUGUUGUGUGCUGCAGAAUUGGUCAAAAUAGGGCAUGCUGGAACCUGUUGAUUUUUCUUGUUUAAAAAGCGCACUUUGCGAAUGCUGUGGGAGGAGAUAGGACUCUGACAACGUCACCAAAACUGCUCAACUGGUUCUGUCAUUGGAUUUUUAAUAUGCUUCUCCUUUCCCCAGUGGCAGUGAAAAUGGUAGCUAGAGUUGUGUAUGGUUUAGGCCAGCUGUAUGAUUCAUUUUGUUUGUCUGCUGCAAGUGAAAGGCUUACCAGCUGCAAACAAUCACAAGUGGUUCCUUACAGCGACUGUGUACAGCUAGUCAUAAUACUCAACUGGUACCUAAGGUGAUAUAUUGAGACCAGUGGGAUGUGUUGUGCUGUUCUAAUGUAUUCUGCUGCCAUUUGUGCUAGGUCAAUACACUGUAAUUACUGCUCACCCAGCAACAGUCUGUUGCAUCGAAAGUUUAAACCUUCUUCUGAUGUGGUUUUUAUAGCUUUUUUUUAAAAAGAAAAAAAGUGACACGCCAAAUAGCUGUGUAAUAUACAACUUAUCCUUACUGCAUUUUACUUUGAGAUUUUUUUUUCCCCCCACUCAGUGACAAAAUGGAGUUUUCGGAGUAGAGUUGUGAAGUUGCAUGCAGACUGUUGCUACGAUACAUAGAGAUUAAAAUGUGGCUUUUAAAAUGAAAAACCUCCCAAAAGCAGUAGCUGAGUUAAAGGUUCAGGGAUACAGUAAUUAAAAUUGGUAUUUUACCGUCUAGGACUGUGUGGUGAUGCUUUUCAUUUUGAAAACAAGUCAAAAUGGGAUCUGAGACUCUUCUUCCAGGAAUUUAAAAAAAACAAAGGUUGCUUUUAAAACUGUAUGUUGUUUCAGAUCAGUCCCCCGCCAUGACGCUGUCAUUUGCCACUUAGGAAUCUGUGUGUGAACAGCGGCAAAUUUUUUAACGUUGCUGCGUUAUCCUUCAAAGACUUCAGCAGUUGGCAUAGAAAGGCCCUUGUUUGAGUGUGGUGCAGUGUAUCACGAGCAACAGCUGACUGUAAUGGUGCAUACCUAUCUCUGUAUCUCCUUCAGCUAGCUACAGUUAGGGAUUUUUAUGUGCUUUGUAACCUAUUACACUAAUAGCAGCAGACAAUCGAAGAUUUCUAAGGAGACCUAACAGCUGCCAAUUCAUGAAAUAGAAGUGUAAUAUGGGAGCCUUCUUGAGGGUUUUUGUUUUUGUUCUUCUUCCAUUAAGACUGGAAUCAAGCUUACAUGUAAACUAUCAGUAAUUUAAGUUUCCUUUUGUGUCAUAAAAUGUAAAACUGUCUAAUUUGAAAAAAAUAUGUAGGUUAUGAAAAAUAAAGAUUUAGGCACUGUUGAA